AUGACGACAAAACGACAAGGUUUCCUCCAACGACGCGAGGCUGGCCUCCAGAUAGAACUUGCCGCUACAGAGAGGCGUUCAUCCGAGCAAGUCAUGCGUUACGAGAUGAUAGAAGGCUAUCUUUCUGCGCUCAGCGAGCUGAAGAUCGAGGAGAUGACGAAUGACGAUAUGAAGAAGUAUAGAGCUCUGAUGAUGAGAGAGGAGGGGAGGAAGGGUAACAAUAAAGGGAUAUCUCCGUUCAUCCCUGGACAAGAUGCUGUCUUGUCAUACGCCAAGAGGAUAAUGGGACUGCAUAAAAAGAAAGCAAUGCGUACCCAGGGCUUAAUUAAAGGAGGUCCAUACGACCAAGCCGCUCAGUCCUAUGCGCAGAUAUCAUGUCUAUACCUCGCUACAAAGAUGCAAGCCCACUUACCACGCGAAGUGCGUGAUUUAAUAUACGCCUACGUCUGGGACGACGAGUACCUCGAUCUAGCAACCGGCUACAUGGUUCCCGAUGCAGAGAAGAGUUAUUUCAUCUGGACAAAACCUCAUCUAACAUGGCGUCGUGACAAGCCGCCCCAUGUCAUCAAUCCCGCAUACGUUGACCCGGCUACGGCAGUAGAAGCCCUGGCAGCGUACUACCCGGCCUCCGCCCACCGCAAGACCGCCUUCGUGAUUAGAUGCACGCAAAGCUUGCAGCUGGACACGCUGGACGCGCUACUCAACGACGAUGUAUUCAAACUCGAUUUACGACCUGCAGACCAUCUUCGGGCCCUGGAUCUACAUCUUACACAAGAGCAACGCAUAAGAUAUAAACCAGCGACUAUCGAUCCAGAUGGAUUGAGUAAGCAAUUCACGCACAUUCUUGACGCUAUAUCCCACAAGAAAGAUUUCAAACUGCGUAUCACGUUCAUGCAGUUCGAGAUCCGCCUCAAGCAAUGGGAACAGCUUUUCCCCGUUCUCGUCCCUAUUUACCAUGCUUUUCGGGCUGAAGGGGCGGAUGUCAGUGUAUCCUUCAGCAUCACCACACACUAUUAUUAA